CGCAACUACCAUUCUUCUUCUUCUGAGUAACCAACUGAGUUUCAUAUCCGAGUCACUGAUGGAGAACCAGAACCAGAACAAACCCUUACUAUCUCUACAACUCGUUCGAUUCCUCUCGGUAAACUCGGUCUCAACUCACCCGCCAUGCUCAAAGGCAAGUUCAAGCUUCCACCACCUACUGACAAGGCUGGGAGAAUCUUUCCCGAUCAACUCGGCAGCUUAAUCGCCGGAUUUGAUGAAAAUGGAAACCGAAUCGAAGCGUCCGACAUCGAACUCGAGCCCGGUGAAGAGCUGGAGCCGAUUCAACCCGGCGGGUUAGGGUUUUACAGAGAGUGUGACGACGGCGACGGAGCUGGCGGCGAUGAUGGUGGUGAUGAAGACAAGGACAGGAAAAUCAGGCAGAGAACGAGUAAAGACGCUGUCACUCCGGUUUCGGUGCUGAAAUCGAUUUCGGUGGACGAGAAAAGAUCGGAUUUAGAAUAUGAGCUUUCUAGAAGGGAGAUUAAUUUGGAAAAGUUGCAAAGAAUUGCUAGCACUGGUAUUCCUGAUGGAGGCGGUUUGCGCGCAACGGCAUGGAAGCUACUCCUGGGUUACUUACCUUCAUCCCAUGAUCUGUGGGAGAUUCAAUUAAGAGAGAAUAGGCAAAAAUACGCUAAUCUGAAAGAGGAGCUUCUCCUGAAUCCGUCUGAACAUAUAUGGAAGGAUUAUGAACAUUUAAGUUCGACUAAGCUGCAUGAGGACAAUGAUGUUGAUGGCCCCCUAAGGCGACAUGAAAUUUCUGAGGAAGAUCAUCCUUUGAGCCUUGCUAAGGCAAGUCUUUGGAGUCAAUAUUUUAAGCAUACAGAGAUAGUAGAACAGAUAGAUCGAGAUUUGCAGCGUACACAUCCAGAUAUGCCAUUCUUUUCAGGGGAGACAUCAUUUAGUAAAAAGACUAGGGAAGCGAUGAGGGAUAUUCUUAUCCUUUUUGCCAAGUUAAAUCCUGCAAUUCGAUAUGUUCAAGGCAUGAACGAGGUCUUGGCACCAAUAUACUAUGUAUUUAGUACUGACACUGACAAACAAAAUGCUGCCAAUGCAGAAGCGGAUAGUUUUUCUUGUUUUGUUCGAAUCUUAGGUGACUCUGUGGAUCAUUUCUGUCAACAAUUGGACAAUAGUUCCAGUGGCAUCCUUGGCACACUAUCUCGUCUGUCAGAUCUGCUAAAAGUAAAUGACCAGCAAUUAUGGCAUCAUCUUGAAUUUAUAACAAAGGUUAAACCACAAUUCUAUGCGUUCCGGUGGAUUACACUGCUACUCACGCAAGAGUUCAAAUUUGAGACUAUCUUGAGAAUAUGGGAUACAAUUCUGAGUAAUCCUUUUGGUGUUCAGGAUAUGCUUCUUCGGAUCUGUUGUGCUAUGCUACUUUGCGUGAAAAACAGACUGCUAAGCGGUGAUUUUGUAGCUAAUAUAAAGCUUUUACAACACUAUCCUGAUGAUAUCAACAUAGAAUACCUCCUUCAGGUAGCUCAGUACAUUAGUCCUGACACUUCUUCUUAUCGUUUAUCCCUUUGAUUUAUUAGGCAUGUACAUUGUUAGUAAAAUUAACUUCUGAAGACUAAAUAUUUUACACCUAGCACAAGACAUGUCCACGGGACCACUGGAGAUGUUAAGGAUAGAGUUUAUGAGCAUCAUGUUGCUUCCAUGCGACAAUGAUGGACCCAUCUUCAUUUUCCUCUGAUAAUUAUUUUCUUCUAUGAGUUGAAGUGCUUCAUGUUUAAAGCAAUGUGAAAUUGCUCUUGUAUGCUUUGUUUGGUUUAAUAAAGAAAUGAGCAGAAAAAAGAUGAAUAGAGAGAAAAGUGUAGAUUUUGUAGGUUGUUUAAUAUGAUGGAAAUAGAAUACAGUGACUUCUGUCU